AUGUCGCACCUGGACCUGAUUGGCAGCAAGAAAAGAAAGAGAGGAGAGAGGGUUUUCAGAUUCAAGAGCUUUGGAGAGUCGGGUUAUCCGGUUGAGUUUAUAGGGCCGUUCAGGGAAACUGUUAAAGCCCUCCUUGAAUUUGGGCAUUUGGAGACUAACUCCAGCAGGGAAAUUCCAAGUUGGUCAUUUCAGCUUGAAUUCCAUCGCCACCAUCCCGUCCAAAUCCUUCUAUUUGUUGUUGAAGAACCGGUUGAAGCAUCCCUCAAUCGUCACUGCAAUCAAUGUCAAUACGUAGGCUGGGGGCACCAUAUGAUUUGCAACAAGAAGUAUCACUUUUUGUUGCCUAGCAAGGACACAGUGGCUGCAUACUUGAACUGCGAAGGUAACUCUAAUAACAACAGGGCAGGCUCGGGCAAUGGUAAGUCAAAUUUAUUGGAAUUACAGGGCCAUAUCAUGCAUGGUGUCUUUCACUCUAACGGGUUCGGACAUUUGCUGUCUGUUAAUGGUGUUGAAAUGGGUUCGGACUUGGCUGGACACCACAUCAUGGAAUUCUGGGAUCGUUUAUGCACUGGGUUGCGAGCAAGGAAAGUGAGUUUGAAUGACAAUUCACAGAAGAGAGGCAUGGAAUUAAGGCUGCUACACGGACUAGGAUACGGGGAGCCAUGGUUCGGCCGGUGGGGAUACGAAUUCGCGCGUGGAACCUUUUGCGUUACUCGAUCAAUGUACCAAAAAGCAAUAGAAGCAAUACAAGGCAUGCCCUUGUACCUAUUAAUCCACCACCUUGGCACUUCCAACCAUGAAAUUCCCGUUAUCUUCUCAAGAUAUCAAGCAUUAUCAGAUCAUUCCUUAGUCACCCUUGGCGACCUAUUCAAUUUCAUGUUAGAGCUCAAGUCUCGUCUUCCCACCGAAAACUCGAUCGAUACCUAUAACUCGGGAAUCACGGCAGAAACCAACUGUAGAUGGUCGCCGAAGAGGGUUGAAAUGGCUACUCGAGUGAUAGUUGAAGCAUUGAAGAGGGCCGAGUUUAGGUGGGUUUCAAGGCAAGAAGUUAGGGAUGCUGCUCGUGCCUAUAUUGGUGACACCGGUUUGCUAGAUUUUGUGUUAAAAUCAUUGGGAAACCAUAUUGUUGGAAAUUACCUGGUUCGUCGCAGCUUAAAUCCAGUGACAAAAGUUCUUGAGUAUUGUUUAGAAGACAUCUCAAAUGUGUUACCAAAUCAAGAGGGUUCGUUCAUGACUAAUCAGAGAGUUAAGGAACGGUACAAGAUCAGUAGCCUACAAUUAAUGAAAGACAUAUUCUACCUGUACAAGUGCAUUCUCAAAGACCGAAAGCCAGCGCUGGGGGCAGGGAUUUUUUCAGCUAUAUCGGUGGCUUCCAGGAUAAUUCUCGACUCGAAAUACCUCAUAAAGGAAUACAGUGGAGACCUUCCUUUCAAAGUUGAACUGGGGUUCGAAGGAAAAUUAAAUAUUUACUGCACGGUUUUGUUGAGGAGCAACAAAGAGGUACAGGCUGAAGGUACAGAGAAAGCAAUGCCGCCAUACGAGUGUGUCACGCUGAAAAACAUUGCCACCAUUGAUGAACUAAAGCAAGAGGUGCAGAGGAACUUCCGGGAAAUGUAUUGGGGAUUGAGGAGCUUAGUUGUGGAAUCAGUGUUGAAUUUGAAUGCGAAUGGAACAGAUUUGGUUUUUGGGUUAGUUGAAGUUGGCCGUAAACUUGUGUUUCAGGGCAGCACCAAAGAGCAGGGAAUCAUGAAUGGACAAAUAUAUGAAUGUGGUCUGAAUAGCCAUGUUGUGGAUUGCCCUUGCGGAGCAAAAGACGAGGAUGGAGAACGAAUGGUUUCCUGCGAUAUCUGCGAAGUUUGGCAGCACACCCGAUGUGUUCGGAUUCCAAAUACUGUUGAAAUUCCACACAUAUUUUUAUGCAACCGAUGCGAGCAGGAAAUCGUACUAUUACCUUCUCUACCUUAG